AUGAACUCCUCAGAGGAAGACGCCGCUCAUGUCCGCCACACUACAAGCAUGAAAAAGCAGCCAGCGCCCGCACGCCUUCAGACAUUCCGAAGCUUGGACACCAGCAGCAGUGAAAGCAGUGCCAAAUCGGGUAACGGCCCCGUCAAGACGACACGGGCCACCGCUACCACGCAGGUAAAGGCGGUGCUUCCAUCGUUGGCAUUUGGUAAGCAGCCGGAAGCUGCAGAUUAUACAGACUCAACGGCAAAGCUGGAGAACACGGAUACCAGCAUCCGCUUUGAAGUAGCCCAGGGCAGCGCCAGCGACGUUUCUCUUGACCUUGAGGACGUGGCAAGACACAGUGGCGGCCCUGCGGAAACUGCCCAUAUCGCGUCAGGAAAUACCAGCACUUCUGCUGUUGCCAUCCACAUUAAGGGUGAGUCUAAGGCAGCCAACACCAAAAGUGGUUUUGCAGAAGCGGCAACCACACGCAUGACGGAGUCCUCCUUUCAGGGAAAAAAAAAUCAACCGCCUUCUCACGGGGCGACGUCCACGAAGAACCAGGAAUACCAUGCAGGGGGUUAUUCAUCACCCACACCUGUGUCGGCGGAACAGGGAACGCGGUCUACUACGCACGUCGCAGGAGGUCGACAUCCACGACAAGAAGCGGCGGCGGCUCCUCUCCCUGUCCAGAAGACCAAUGGUCGUCUCUCCCAUACGGAGGAAGUGGCGGCUGCCCCUGCAGAGGCAAUGGACGAGAGCGAUGGUGGCAGUGACUCCCUUUUGCAAGAGGUACUGCCGCUUUCUUCACGUGUGCCUCGCCACAGUGCUCCUCCCACAGGCACUGAGACGUGGAGAACGUCAAGCCCUGUACGCCGUGAGACACAGCGUCGUGACCCUGUGGAGCAGAUGCUUCUACGCGCGCGCCAGCGUCUGCAGGAGAAGACCUCCAUCGAGGCGUGUACACCCAGGGCCAUUCCACGCGCAUCAUUUGAAUCCCCAUCAUCCUUUUCCCGUUUUGUCACACCUGAUCGUGGUGGCAAAUUCCGCGAGAGCCCGUCAGCAAUCCCACCCAGAGCGUCAGGUGUCGCAGAUGACAGAGCCCGGCGCCUUCAGCAGGAAAUUGGUCGGCUUCAGGAAGAGGUGCACUUCCUGUCCAAGGAAAACCAGAAGCUCAAGGGUGCAACUAAACAGCAGCAGGCCACACAAAAUGUGGAGCUGCAGAUGACUAUAGAAGUGUUGCGUGCACAGCUGCAGGAUGAGGAGCUGCAGAGGCGGACGGCUCAGCAAAGCGUUGCUUCCUUGGAAGCUGAAGGCACUCGUAUGAUGAGUGAACUGGAGGAGCAGCUCCAGUCAUAUAUAUCUACUGCAGCACAGUACGAGCGACUGUAUGAGGAGAAAACACGCGAAACAAGCGAGUUGAGAACACAGGUGCAGGUCGCGCUGAAACAGCUGCAGGACGCCGAAGAGAAGGAGCGGCAGCAGCGUCUUCUCUUUGAGCAACAACGCUCCCACGACCGUGAAAGUGCAGAGCGUACGGUAACCCUCUUAGAGGAGGCUAAAAAGCAGCGGUCGCAUCUGCUGGAGCUGAAUGAACGGUUGCAGAAUGAGAAGGAAGCUGCAAUAGGAGACAGACGUCGUAUCAAAGAGGAGCUCCAGCGGCGCCAGGACGAGUUGCUCCGCGCAGAAGAAAAGCACACUAAGGAGCGUGCCAUUCUAGAGGAUGACUGCAGCCGUCUCAAGCUCGCCAUGGCAGAAAAGGAUCGCGUACUCUCUGCCCAACUAAAGAGUGCACAGCAGGCCAACGAGAUUCUGCAGCAGCGCCUCACUGACAUGACAGAGCAAGCCGAAGAGGAUGCGGAGCGUCAGCGACGGUCGUACGAGGUGGCGAAGCAGGAGGCCCAGCGGACAUUUUCUGUUGAACGUGAGCAGCGCCUUGAAUUGGAGAAAAAAGUAGGUGACCUUCAAAAUGAGCUCUCCCGUGAGAGACGAGGCGCUGCGGAGCGCGUCUCACGGGGUCUGGAUGAAAAGGUGGCCACUUUAAAGAGCGACCUCGUGAAAGUCACUGGCGAGCGCGACGAGUUGCAUGCACGCUUUGAGGAGGCCAAUGGGCGGCUGGAGACGCUGCAGGAAACUUGUGCACGCUACCAGAACGAGUGGGACUCUAUCGCGGCGCAGCGGCGGGAGUCCGAGGAGGCGGUUUCACACCUAGAUGCCCAGCGUAACAGGCUCACUGGGACGCUGGAGCAGCUACUCGAGCAGAACGACCAGUUGCGUAAGGAGAACGCAGUGUUGCAAGGCGUGCUGGAAAUGCGUGACGCAGAGGUGCAGGAAAUGCAGACACAAAUAGAGGAUGUCGCUGCGGUGCAAGAGGAUAUGCAAAGCCUUUCACACGAGAAUGAAAGACUAUCGGAGGAGUGCGAACGCCUCUCCCGCGAGCGCAGUGCGUUGAUUGAGGAGAAUGGAAGAAUCGCAGAGGAGGUGCUUAAGUGGCGCAAUGAAAUGCGACGCCACAUCGCACUGCCGCGCGCAACAACGCCGCGAAAGUGGUCGACGACGCCGUUGUCACUCCAUGAUCUAAAGCCGUCGUGA